GGUCUACAUUAUUAUUAUGGUCGUCAGUCUAAAAAUAUAGCGCCCAACGUAAGCAACGAUCGCAUUGCGCAUUGUGCGAUCAUUGCCGGGAUCCAUAGAGUGAUGAUGAUACUACAUUGAGUUUGCAAAUCAGAUCGCGAGUUAGUUACAAGUAAAAGCUAGUUAAAAUGCCGCCAAAACGUCCGCCGCCGCUUGUGCCAAAGAAGCCAAAUCCCAGUAUGAACUACGAGGUGUUAAUCUAUCUGAAUAGCUUCUACUUUGGCAUGUUUGCCUGCUGUGAAAUGGCGAUGGGCUUGCUGAAAGCGAUCAAUCUCAGCUACACUGGCCACUCGCUAGCCCAGGACUCGGCAGUCAUGAUAAGUUUUAUUGUGCUAGAAACGUUGCGUUUGAUAAUGGGACGCAAGGGAACGCUGGCCGAGCGAGGUUGGACUGCCAUACUGUCGGUCUUUUUGACCGCCCCCUGCUUUCUGGGCGUUUCGUAUCUGCUGCUAUUGCAGACCUACAAGCUGCGUCUAGAAUAUUGCCUUGGCACGCUGCAGAUCGCGCUCUAUUUGACCGAGGUGUGGUAUGCCAUUGUCUUCGUUUUCUCACUGUGUCGUCCAGUAACUUAUGAUUAGUAACAUACAAGCAAAAACUGCAAGACGAGACAUUUAUACAUUAACUACUUACUUAACUAAAAGAAAAAAACCAAAUCAGAGAUUAGCAAUAUAAUAAAAUAAAAACUACAAACUUUAAACAAUUGAAUAAUGAGAAUUGAGAUAUGAAAUGGUCCCCAAAGCCAAAUAUAUAUAGAUAUACAGUAUAUACAUUAAUAUAUGCAUCUCUACUUGUGUAUAGUAAAUGUAUACUUCUAACGGUUUUAUAUUAAAGAAAUUUGUUAACAUCUAAGCAUCAAUUGGAACCAAUAUAACAAGACAACUACAACAACAACAAGGAAAACAACAACAAAAAUUAUGAACUUGAAUAAUUUUCACAUUUGUAAGACAAUUUUUUUGUAUAAAAUGCAUAAAAUUAUAUACAUGUCCAAGAGAAAUCAAAACAAAACACAAAUUAUCUUCAUUCCUUGGACAGAUUAAAAAAUAUUAAUGUAAAAAGCAAAUAUUAAGCAAAGUAAAUAAAAAAAUAAAA